ACUAUAUUGAAACUAUUAUUGUUAUUGUAUUAUUUCCAAAUUGGAUUAACAUGGCAACAUUGCAAUUCUGCACAUUUUUGUAGCAACGCGCUCUGUCGAGAAAAGUUGUCGAAACUGUUAUUUUACUAUUAUUAUCAUUAACCUGCAAUAGAAAUGGCGCGAUGUUGAACGCUUGUAAUAAAUAGAUUGUAAACAACAAUAAAAAUAUGUUGAUUAUUUUCAAUUAGUGCUAUACCAUAUACAAAACACUCGAGAUGUCGAAGCAAAAGGUGUCUGCGGAAUGGAAAAAGCGCGUAAAGCAAGAAUAUAUGCGACUGAGGCAAAUCAAAAGGUACAAAAGGGCUGACGAGGUGAAGAUUCAAUGGAACCUGAACCAGAAUCGAGUGUGCCAAGUUCUGAUUACAGAGCAGAAACGAUGGACGGAAAGCAAAUCGUUUUGGGUGAAUACCCCAGAAUUUCCAUCACAUGUAACAUGUAUGAAAAAGGCUGAAGUAAUUGGCAAUGAAGGAGACAUACAAGUUAUUCCAAUUAAAAUUAUAAAUUCUGUAACACCAAUUCCUACCAUGUAUACCUGGGCUCCAAUCCAACAAAACUUCAUGGUUGAGGAUGAGACUGUCCUUCACAACAUUCCAUAUAUGGGAGAUGAAAUUUUGGAUCAAGAUGGCACUUUUAUCGAGGAACUGAUUAAAAAUUAUGAUGGAAAAGUACAUGGUGAUAGGGAAUCUGGAUUCAUUGAUGAUCAACUAUUUGUUGAAUUAGUGCAUGCACUGAUGCAAUACCAAGAUAAAAAGGACCAACCUGAAAAGAAGGAGAAAAAGGUAGAAGCAGAGAAACCAAAAGAAGAGACUGAAACAAAAGAAGAUGGUGAAAAGGCUGUUGAGGCCAAGGAGACUUCUGAGGAAGUUAAGAUGGAGGUUAAAAAGGAGGAAUUGGAGUUUCCUAGUAACAUGAUAUUUCAAGCAAUAUCAUCACAGUUUCCUGACAAAGGGCAACCAGAAGAAUUGAGGGAAAAAUAUAUAGAAUUAACUGAGAGAAUGGAUCCAAAUGCACUGCCACCAGAAUGCACCCCAAACAUUGAUGGGCCCACAGCUGAAUCUGUACCUAGAGAACAAACAUUACAUUCAUUUCACACUUUAUUUUGCAGAAGGUGUUUUAAAUAUGAUUGCUUUUUACAUAGAAACCAAGGACUUCAAGCUUGUCAUCCAGGUCCAAAUCUGCAGAAACGUCGAGGUCCAGAUUUGAAACCGUUCACGGAGCCGUGCGGCCCUGAUUGCUACAUGCUGUUGGAUGGUGUCAAGGAAAAGUUGGCCGCAAAAGCGAAGCAAGACGAGCAAGAUGAAAACGAUAAAGGUAAAGAUAAGAAUUCAAAAGACAAUACGUCUCAAAAUAGUCGCGCGAAUCAAAAUCCUAGGAAGGUUUGUAAAGAACAAUCCGUAGAUUCUGGAAACGAGGCAAGUUCCGAAGACAGCAAUGAUUCAAAUAAAUUCAAUAAAGAUGAUGGGAAUACCGAUGUUUCGACAACCACGGCGUUCAGUUUGCUGGGCUUGAUGGGAAAGGAUGAUCAUUGCGAAUGGACCGGUUCUGAUCAAAGUUUGUUCCGUGCUUUGAUCAAAGUGUUUCUAAACAAUUUUUGUGCCAUUGCGCAAAUCAUGCUUACAAAAACAUGCCAGCAGGUGUAUCAAUUUGCCCAGAAGGAAGCGGCUGAUAUUCCCACCGAAGACUCGUUCAAAGACUACACUCCGCCCAGAAAGAAGAAGAAGAAGCAUCGUCUUUGGUCGGUGCAUUGCCGCAAAAUUCAAUUGAAAAAGGAUUCGAGCAGCAAUCACGUUUAUAAUUUUACUCCGUGCGAUCAUCCCGGACAAAGCUGCGAUGCUCAUUGUCCAUGCAUUGGUGCUCAAAACUUCUGCGAGAAGUUUUGCCAAUGUAGUUCAGACUGUCAAAAUCGGUUCCCGGGAUGCAGAUGCAAAGCGCAAUGCAACACCAAGCAAUGUCCUUGUUACUUGGCUGUUCGAGAAUGUGAUCCGGACUUAUGUCAAACUUGUGGAGCGGAUCAGUUUGAUCUCAGCAAGAUUACUUGCAAAAAUGUUAGCGUGCAGCGUGCUCAACAUAAACAUUUAUUGAUGGCACCAUCUGACGUAGCAGGCUGGGGAAUCUUUCUGAAGGAUAGUGCCCAGAAAAAUGAGUUUAUUUCUGAAUAUUGCGGAGAGAUUAUUUCGCAGGAUGAGGCCGACCGCAGAGGGAAAGUUUAUGACAAGUACAUGUGCAGUUUUCUAUUUAACCUUAAUAACGAUUUCGUGGUCGAUGCAACAAGAAAAGGAAAUAAAAUCCGAUUUGCUAAUCAUUCGAUCAAUCCAAAUUGCUACGCCAAGGUGAUGAUGGUGAAUGGGGAUCAUAGGAUUGGGAUUUUCGCGAAGCGAGCAAUCCAGCCUGGUGAAGAACUGUUCUUUGACUACAGAUAUGGCCCUACGGAGCAGCUCAAAUUUGUAGGCAUAGAGCGAGAGAUGGAAUUCCUUUGAAGAAUUAUACUAAGUUUCACAUAACGCGUUUAUAUAUCCCCGCGAAUAAUUGAUUAAAUAAAAUAUUUUUUAUUCUUUA